UGUCAAUUGUCAUCGUCGUCAUUUACUUCCCCCCUCCCUCCCUCUUGGUUCCCGGCGUGGCUUGCGUGCGGUUUUACUCGCUGCUUCUGCUGCUGGAAUCAAUUUUCUGUGAGUAGGCGCUGGUCAUUGCGAAGUCCCUGCCGUGAGGUUCAUUGCAGACUGGUUUGGAGUGUGAGAAAUCGGAGUGGUUGACGAAUAGUGUUCGUGGCUCAGUGGCACGACGUCUUGGAGUGAGCGAGAGGGUGGCGUAGCGGGAAGUUGUUGAUAUUGUUCUGGACACAAGAAGCUGUGAAAGUGGUGGAGGUGGUUGUUGGUGAAGAUUCAGCAGAGCGGAAUUCGGCAGUGAAUUGCAAUCGAGAAGAGACGAUAGCUGCGAGAGCUUGUUUGUAACGACGAGAAACAGCCGGUUGGGGAGAGAAGAAGCGUGUAUGUCUGAUAGUGCGGGUCUAGGGAAGGAGUAUCCAGGCAUCGGGGUGCUAGAAAAGCCCUGUCAAUGGCCUCACAUACGAAGUCGCCGAAGAUUUGCUGCGACUCGCCCGCCUCUCCUCUCGAGGAUUUCGAUUCGGACGCAUCUUCAACCUCGUUUUCGUCUGAAUCGUCUCUCUUAGGCACCAACAUGGCUCGAAGUUUGGAGCCUCAGCCAGCCUCAGGAGAAGUUUUAGGGAUGAUGGAGGAACACAUUGACCAACAAGACCAUCACAGGAACAUCAAGGUUCCUUACGGUUCCAUAGAUUCUGCAACCACGGUUGCUGGAAGCACCUUGAAAGGAGCACCAAUGCUUGUCUUGAGGUCUCAGUCAGCGCACCCUUUGGAUCCUUUGAGUCCCACCGAGAUUGCCGUUGCUAUAGCCACUGUCAGGGCGGCAGGUGAAACACCAGAAGUGCGGGAUGGGAUGCGAUUUGUGGAGGUAGUGCUCAAUGAACCAGAUAAGAAUGUGGUGGCUAUGGCAGAUGCUUAUUUCUUCCCUCCAUAUCAGCCUAUGCUGUUUAAACCCAAAGGAAAACCGACAAUCUAUCCGUCCUUACAGCUACCACAUAGGCAGGCCAGACUCGUUGUUUACAACAAAAGAACAAAUGUGACUAGCGUAUGGGUGGUGGAACUUAGCGAAGUCCACGCCGCAGCUCGUGGAGGACAUCAUCGCGGGAAAGUCAUGUCUUCUGACAUAAUUCCAGAUGUUCAGCCUCCUAUGGAUGCUGUGGAGUAUGCUGAAUGUGAAGCAACUGUGAAAGAGCAUCCGUCUUUCGUUGAAGCCAUGAAGAAACGGGGUAUCGAGGAUAUGGAUCUUGUGAUGGUGGAUCCCUGGUGUGUCGGGUAUUACAGUGAGGAAGACUCUCCCAGUCGAAGACUUGCAAGGCCGUUGAUAUUUUGUAGAACAGAGAGCGAUUGUCCUCUAGAGAAUGGAUAUGCACGACCAGUGGAGGGUAUACACGUCCUGGUAGACAUGCAAAAAAUGGAGGUGAUAGAGUGUGAGGACAGGUAUCUGGUUCCUUUACCACCACCAGAUCCUCUGAGAAAUUACACACCUGCUGCUUCUCGCGGAGGCGUCGAUAGGAGUGACAUAAAGCCAUUGGUCAUUUCUCAGCCCGAGGGGCCUAGUUUUCGUGUGAACGGGUAUGCAGUGGAGUGGCAAAAGUGGAACUUUCGAAUUGGUUUUACUCCAAGGGAAGGAUUGGUUAUUCAUACCGUCGCCUAUGACGAUGGGAGUCGAGGAAGACGAUCAGUCGCACAUCGUCUGAGCUUCGUUGAAAUGGUGGUUCCUUACGGUGAUCCAAAGGAUCCUCAUUACAGGAAGAACGCGUUUGAUGCAGGAGAAGAUGGUCUUGGAAAGAACUGCCACUCAUUAAGACGGGGAUGUGAUUGUCUGGGCCUGAUCAAGUAUUUUGAUGCCCAUUUUACCAAUUUCCAUGGAGGAGUUGAAACAAUCGAAAACUGUGUCUGCAUGCAUGAAGAAGAUCAUGGUGUACUGUGGAAACAUCAAGAUUGGCGAACUGGUUCUACAGAAAGACGUCGGUCACGGCGAUUAACAGUUUCUUUCUUCUGUACUGUCGCCAACUACGAGUACGGGUUUUACUGGCAUUUCUAUCAGGAUGGCAAGAUUGAAGCUGAAGUGAAGCUGACUGGCGUCUUGAGCUUAGGUGCUCUAAAGGCGGGUGAGAACCGUCGACAUGGGACUGUGAUAGCACCUGGUCUCUAUGCGCCGGUACACCAACAUUUUUUCGUCGCCCGAUUGGACAUGGCUGUUGACUGUAAACCUGGCGAAGGACUUAAUCAGGUGGUGGAAGUGAAUGUGAAGGUGGAGAAACCAGGACCUAAAAACCCACACAACAACGCAUUCUUUGCUGAGGAAACUCUUCUGCGAUCAGAACAACAGGCUCUGAGAGAUUGCAACGCCCUAAGCGCGCGACAUUGGAUCGUAAGAAAUACGAGAACAUUCAAUCGAACCGGACAGCUCACUGGCUACAAACUAGUUCCGGGCUCCAACUGUCUGCCGCUUGCUGGGCCAGAUGCAAAGUUCUUGAGACGAGCUGCAUUCCUCAAACACAAUCUUUGGGUGACCCAAUACAACCCCGAUGAGUGUUUCCCAGGUGGAGAAUUUCCCAAUCAAAAUCCCCGGGUCGGUGAAGGUCUUCCUACAUGGGUGAAGCAGGAUCGGAAAUUGGAGGAGACAGAUAUUGUGCUUUGGUAUGUAUUUGGAGUUACUCACAUUCCUAGACUUGAAGACUGGCCAGUAAUGCCUGUGGAGCACAUUGGAUUCAGUUUGAUGCCACAUGGCUUCUUCAACUGCUCACCUGCCAUUGACAUUCCACCAAAUGAUGCGACUGAUGAGAAUGGUCACAAGGACACAAUGAAGGGAGGCCAGUCUGAGAUGAUACCUCUUCUCUCUAAGUUAUAGUUGUUCUUGUGAGUGGGAAGUAACUAGCUGAAGAAUUGCUCCAGCAGUGUGCAUUAAGUGGGUAACCAUCAUAUAAAAUCACGUCAUUACAAACCUUGUUAUCACCACUGAAUAUAGUGUCCUUUGGGGCUGAUACUGAUUAACUUGAAACUAGGAUAAAGCAUUGGUAUUAACCUGUGUGGUGUCAUACAUCCAUGCUGUGUAGGUAUUGCCCCCCUCUCCUUGUACUAUGCCCAUAUUGCAUCUGCUGAGUUGGCACCUGCAACAUUGUACAAAGGUGGUUUACCUGUAAACUUGCAAUGUUUAUGACCACAAUAUUCUUUGCCAACA